AUGUCUCGAGCUGUUUACUGCGGGAACUUCGAGUAUGAGGCUCGGCAGUCGGAGAUCGAGCGGCUGUUCGACCGUUACGGUCGGAUCUCUCGGGUGGACAUGAAGACUGGUUCAUGGGAACAACGAACCGGACACGCGUCUGGACAUUGCCUAUACCCAGCAACAGAGGACAGAGAUGACCAGAGCCUGUCAUCGUUCACACGGUCAACUAGCACAUCUGUCCUAUACCGGGUUUCGCGUUUGUUUACAUGGAUGACGAGCGCGACGGUGAUGAUGCCAUUCGGGCUUUAG